AUGUCUGACUCCAAGGUCCUUGCGUCCCCCCCAGGAGAAUGCUGCACAAAGACUGUACAGCAUAGCGGCACAGCCGUUGGCGUCUUUGAAGACCUCAACGGGGUCAACACAUAUGUGUCUUAUCCGCCGACCCGGCAGGAACGCUACAGGCGCAUCAUAUUUUUCUUCGCGGAUGUCUUUGGCCCGAUGUACAUCAACAAUCAGCUGAUCAUGGAUUAUUUCGCCUCAAAGGCAGGAUAUCUAAUCCUUGGGCCCGACUAUUUUGAAGGAGACUUUGUGUUCCACCAUUACGGCGUCGAACCCGACUUUGACUUGGGGAAGUGGGUAGGUCCAAAGCGCGAGAAGGCAUAUCAACUGGUGCCCACGUUCGUCGACGCUGCUAAGGCCAAGUUCGGCACCACUGAGACCAAGUAUGCUGCUGUCGGGUAUUGUUUCGGUGGCCCUGACGUAUUAGGCCUCACCGCCACGGACUGGCUUGCUGCAGGAGCAAUUGCGCACCCUGCUAUGCUUGACGAAGAUCACUUUGCGAACUCAAAAAGACCUCUUUUCUUAUCCUGCGCCGAAACCGAUCACACCUUCCCCACUGACUCUCGUCAUCGGUCCGAGGAACUCCUGCGAGACUCCGCAUUCAAGCCCGAAUAUCACUUCCAGGUUUUUGCACGCGUUGCCCACGGUUUUGCGAUCCGCGGAAAUCCCGACGUGCCCCACGAGAGAUGGGCAAAAGAGCAAAGUGCGAAUAGCAUCAUCGGUUGGUUCGAUAGAUUCUGUAAUUAA